AUGAUCGAAGAUACCAACACCGAACCUCCCCCGCCACCUGAUAUACGACCGUUCGGUCGUACUAAGUGGAACAAACAUAACAAUAACAACGAAGAUGGAUUGAAUAACGAUCCCGGUCUUCCUCGCCUCCCUUGCGGGAUUGAGGUUGGGGAAGAAGAGACCAAGUGCACCUCAUCCCUUGAGGACGGUACUGGUCAACCCGGAUCGAAAUGGUCAUUCAGGAUCAGAAAUGGAGCGGCGAAUAUGCCAAUCACGAUUCUCCUUUUAGGCAUCAUCUUAUUCGCUUCUACAGCUUCUGCCUCUCCGACAUCUUCACUCGGAAUGGGAAAAGACGAAUACACAUCAUACGACUCGACUUACCAACCCAACCCGAUGAUCCGAUCAAGUAAGAGGAGAACACCAAUUCUGUCAUUCCUCAAAUAUAUACUCGACUACGCUUCAUCUUCCUUAUCCCACUUCACCGACCCCGAUACGAUGCACAUGCACAUGAUGGGUAAGAGGGAAUUGAGUACAGGGGAAAUAGUGGAAGCUUGUAUGAUACCUGUUUUGGUGGCUUUGAGUGGGAUGUUUGCAGGAUUAACAUUAGGAUACUUCUCGGUCGAUCCUACUCAACUACAAGUAUUAUCCAUAUCUGGUACACCCAAACAGCAGAAGUACGCUAUGAAGAUUCUACCCGUUAGGAAAGACUCGCAUCUACUUCUGACCACUCUGAUUCUCGGUAAUAUGAUUGUCAACGAGGCUUUACCUGUAGUCAUGGAUAAUGUCAUUGGCGGCGGUAUUUAUGCGGUGAUCGCUUCUACAGCUUUAGUAGUUAUCUUCGCCGAAAUCAUUCCUCAAUCCAUCUGUUCACGAUACGGUCUACUCGUCGGCGCCUCAAUGGCAUGGCCUGUGAGAAUCAUGAUAUGGAUAGCUUUCCCUAUCGCCUGGCCAAUUGCCAAACUGCUAGAGUACAUUCUGGGUGCUCAUCAUGGUAUCAUCUAUCGACGAAGUGAAUUAAGAGAAUUGAUCAAGAUGCAUGCAGCUACUGCCGAAGGAGGGGGUGAUCUGGACUUCGAUACCGUCCAAAUGGCUCAGGGGGCUUUGGAUCUCGCUCAGAAAACAGUCAGGGAAGCCAUGACUCCCAUCGAACAGGUUUUCAUGCUUCCGAUAGAAGCCAAGUUGGAUUAUGAGACUCUUGGACAUGUAGUCAGAUCAGGUCAUUCUAGAAUACCGGUUUACCAAAUGGUAGAAGUUCCAGAUAUCAACUUCGCUACUGCAACGAAAGGCCCAGCAAAGACUAAGAUGGUCAAAAAGGUUUUAGGUAGUUUGUUAGUGAAAUCGUGUGUUUUACUUGAUCCUGAAGAUGCUACUCCACUUGCUUCCAUCCCUAUCAAUGCGAUCCCUUCUGUCCCGUAUGAUGAACCAUUGACCAACAUGCUGAACGUAUUCCAAGAAGGUCGGUCUCACAUGGCGAUAGUCUCGCGAAGACCUAAACGAGUCGAGAAAGACCUGGAAGAUGCUGAGUCAGUCAUGACAGCCGCAGCGGGUGGUUUGAGACAAAGGUUCAUGAGGAAGGUAGCGGAGAUCUCACAUGGGAAUAAAUCUUCAUCCGAUUCCGAUUCUUCCGAGACUGAUACGGAUGUUGAUGUUGAGAGGGGCGAGAAAGGUGAAAGUAAGAAGAGAAGGAAGAAGACCAGGACCAAAAGGAUCAAUUCUGGAUCGGACGGUACUGCUGUAGCGUCCAGUCCGACCUCCACCACGGCAGCAGAAGAAGUGAAACUGCAGCAAGAGCAGGAAAGGAAGAAGAAAGCUAGUCUGGUCGAGAAAGCGAAAUUGAUACAGUUGGAACAGACUGUUCCGGCUGAUGCGCAGAUGGCCCCAGGUGCUGUUGAGAAGUUCUUCGAAGGAUUAGAAGGUGCACCACUUGGUGUCAUCACCCUUGAAGACGUGUUGGAAGAGCUGAUAGGUGAAGAGAUUUACGAUGAGUACGAUGAACACGGCGUACCUCGAUCGGAUGCCUCGGCCUUCGUACCCCGAGAAGCGAUGUUAGCAGCUCGUAAAGCAGCUUUGGCAAGACAGAAUCUAGCUCUGGCCGAAUCGACUCCUUUACCACCUACCAACGAUGCAGAUCUGGAACAGCCGCAAUCGCAAUCAUCUGGAGCAAGAAGGGUCAUACCGAAAUUAAUUACCAAACCCAAAUUUGGUCUUGGUAAAAAACCGGUCUCUCAGCCUGGUCGAUCACGAACAGCGGAUAUCACAAUUACAUCUUCCACUCCUCCUCCCCCUGCGGCUCCGGCUCAAUUCCCUGGUAACGAUGCUCCCGCUAACAGUCUUGCUGCUGGAGGAGAAAUCAAAAGGACAUCCUCGCCUGGUGAGAUUGACCAGGAUGACGUACCUAGACGAACUCAAUCUGAAGUCAAAAUGAACGUGAGAAGGCAAUCAACGCCUACCGAUUCUCAACCUGCCUCAACCGGAGCGGGUUCAGUACCCCUCAAAGGAUUAGAUCCAGUGACAGCGGUUCCAGCUCGACUGUUAUCUUCAGGUGCGGCAGUAACACCUAAUGUAGCUCCUCCGGGCGGUACCAACAAUUUGUUGAAUGAGGCAUUGAUGAUUGAAAGAGGUAGAAGAAAGGGUGGGAUCAACACGCCACCAAUUAUCAGAGCUGCGUCUCAAGGUGCAGCAAUCGGAACAAGAUCGAAUGUACCUAGUAGACAACCUACUCCACCAAGUCAAGGAUCAACUUCAACAGCAAGUGGACCAUCUGCUCCUUCAGCUCCGACUGGAGGGAUAAUCAGUCCUCAGCCGGUGCAAGCUAAGAAAGUGCCCAAAUUCAAAUCUGUUCCUGCACCUCCUUUGGCCGCAACGCCUACUCCCUCGGAGAGAGGUGGGUCGAUGGAUGGGAAGGGUUGUAAGAAAGCGGAUGGGAAGGAAUAA